UAUUCCAUCUUUAAAAAAAAAAACAAAAUAUUCCAUCUUCUACAAUCUGUACGAACAAAACGAGCAGAGAGGCGAUCGCCGCCUAAAUCAGAAUGAAGGAAGACAUACAGAAAAUGGUGGCUGUGGGGCUCGUGUGGGGAGCCACCAACGCCCUGAUCCGCCGCGGAGCACUCGCCUGGGACAAAAAAUCUUCGACAACAGAGUCUCCUCCUCUUCAGAUCCCAUCCAACUUCCGCCGAAAAAUCCUCGCCGCUCUCCGCGACUGGAUCAACCUCCUCCUCUUCUGGCAGUACUCCGUUCCUUUCCUCGUAAACCUCUCCGCCUCCGCCGCGUUCUUCGCCCUCCUCGGCGACUCCCCGAUCUCUAUCGCCGUUCCGGUCACCAACGCCACGACCUUCGCCGCAACCGCCGCGUUCGGGGUUCUUCUGGGGGAGGAAACUCAAAUCGGACUUGCUUUGGUAGGUACGAGCUUUAUUGUAUUUGGAAUCUGGCUUUGCGUUGGUCACUGAUCUCAUCUCAUCUGUGUGAUUGGAACAAUGUAGAAAGCGUCACUCUGUUUCUUGUUAGAUUUAGAAAUGGCUCAAUUCUUGUUCUAGCAGAGAGUGCUUAUUAAAACUGAAUAUGGCAUGUAGCUUCGACCUGCUACAUCACAGCUUGUUGUUCGUUGUUGUCGCACAAGUGACUGUAACAACUAACUAGUCAUUGUUUCAUAUUGUUGAAACAUAAAUUUAAAAUUUAGGCGAAUCUAC